UAAACCAGAUAGAUAUUGUUCGUAAGAAAAAAAAACAUAAAUAAAUAUACAUAAUAUAUAUAUAUAUAUAUUAUGUAUAUACAUACACGUUUGUGUGUAUAUAUGUACACAUAAUACAUAUAUAUAAAUCUUUAGACUUAGUUACAUAGAUAUACUAAGAACAUUUUGUCAGUUUAAGAUCUCCUGGCGCUCAUCUGAACGAGAUAGAAGUCAAAUUACCAAGUGGCACUCUCAGCUCAAGUCUAUCAAGAACAAUACUCCAAUAACGAAAAAAAAAUUUUAAUAGGUACAAAAUAAAUUAAUCUUAAAAUUUGUCUACUUGGCCAUUGGACAUAGGCCGUUGCGUUAUGGAUUCAGAUGAGGAUGCAUUAAACGACGUAGAUUCUGGUAACGAGUCCAGUGGUGACGAUGUGGACUUUCCGAUGGAAGUUGAUGUGCGGCAUGAACGGGAAAAAAAUCUAGAUGUAGAUGAAUUUCCUUUUGAAGUUUUGUCCACUGAAAAUAUUGUUCAGCACAUGAUUGAUUGUAUCAAGGAAGUUAACACAGUGCUUCAAAUGCCGGCUACAACUACUCGUAUUUUAUUAAACCAUUUCAAGUGGGACAAAGAAAAAUUAAUGGAAAGAUUUUAUGAUGGUGAUCAAGAUAAAUUAUUUUCAGAAGCCCGAGUCAUAAAUCCAUUCAAAAGAACACAACCAAUCAUACAAAGGCCAUCGUCUACCCGAAGAGGUACUUCUGGGAUGGAAGAUUGUACUAUAUGUUUUGCAAGACUACCAUCUAAUUUGAUGACCGGUCUAGAAUGUAAUCAUCGAUUUUGCGCUCAGUGCUGGACAGAAUAUUUGACGACAAAGAUUAUCGAAGAAGGUGUUGGUCAAACAAUUGCUUGCGCUGCUAGCGGUUGUGAUAUAUUAGUAGAUGAUGUCACAGUAAUGCGAUUAGUGAGAGACCCAAAGGUCCGAAUGAAAUACCAACACCUAAUAACUAAUAGUUUUGUCGAAUGUAAUCGAUUAUUACGUUGGUGUCCAUCACCUGACUGCAAUAAUGUUAUUAAAGCCCAAUACAUCGAAUCAAAACCAGUCACGUGCAGAUGUUUGCAUGUAUUUUGUUUUGUUUGUGGAGAAAACUGGCAUGAUCCAGUAAAAUGUAAUUUAUUAAGAAAAUGGAUCAAAAAAUGUGAUGAUGAUUCCGAAACAUCUAACUGGAUAGCAGCUAAUACUAAAGAAUGUCCUAAAUGUAAUGUUACAAUAGAAAAAGAUGGUGGUUGUAACCAUAUGGUUUGUAAAAAUCAAAAUUGCAAGACCGAUUUCUGUUGGGUCUGUCUUGGCCCAUGGGAACCGCAUGGAUCAUCAUGGUACAAUUGUAACCGAUACGACGAAGAAGAAGCAAAAGCUGCCAGAGACGCUCAAGAAAGAUCCAGAGCUGCAUUGCAGAGGUAUCUUUUCUACUGUAAUCGUUAUAUGAACCAUAUGCAAUCUCUAAAAUUUGAACACAAGCUUUAUGCGAGCGUUAAAGAAAAAAUGGAAGAAAUGCAACAGCACAAUAUGUCGUGGAUCGAGGUUCAAUUUUUAAAAAAAGCUGUAGAUAUACUUUGCCAGUGUAGACAGACACUUAUGUACACUUAUGUAUUUGCAUACUAUCUCAAGAAAAAUAACCAAUCUGUACUUUUCGAGGAUAAUCAACGAGAUUUAGAAAGUGCUACAGAAAUUUUAUCAGAAUAUUUGGAGAGAGAUAUUACUUCGGAAAAUCUAGCAGACAUUAAGCAGAAAGUCCAAGAUAAAUAUCGUUAUUGCGAAAGUCGAAGAAAAGUAUUGCUAGAACACGUUCACGAAGGCUACGAAAAAGAUUGGUGGGAUUACACAGAAAGAUUGUGAACUAGUCACAUACAUCCGUGAUAUAGAUUAUAAAUAAUAAGUAUACAUAAAAAACAACACUUACACACACUCACACAAACAUGCUUUAAAUGUUUUUUUUUUAACUCCUGUAAACAACGUAAAACAAUGUACUAAAAACUCUGUCGGAGAUUUAAAAAAAAAAAAUACAGAACAACUGUAGCUUUAUUUACUAGAUAAUUAUUAGUAAUAAAUCUAUUUGUAAUUUUUAAGUAGAAAUUAUCCUCGCUCUAUCUGUAUCUUAUAUAUUACUACUAUUUUUUGUCUAAGGUUUGGCCUUGUUAAUUUCCAAUGUCUUGAGUUCUUUUACAGGAAUAUCAUGUGUAUAUUUUUUUUGUCCUAAACUUUUAAGUUUUUAUUAUUAAUGUUUAAUAGAGUAAAUUCAGAAUACUAUUGCUCGUUAUUUUAAACAUAAGUUAACUAAAAUAAUUAAUAUAGAAUUCAUUUUCUAUUAUACCUAAUCACUGAAAAUAAAAGCUAUUUAAACAAAACAACGAUUUGUAAGUAAAAUCUUUGAAAGAAGAGUUAUUACGCGGUCAUUUUAUUAAACAUGGCUUUAUGUGUACUACUUCACAGAUCGGUUAUAAUGGUUUUACUUUGGUUGCCAAUCGCAAUAUAAUACAAAUUACAAAUGGGGCAAAGAGACGGGUGGACAGUUUGACGUAUAUAACGUGUACUUGCAAGGAUAAAACAUUUUAAGAUUAAGUUGGCCGUUUAUUGUGGUUUUAAAUUAUUAUCUCAUUACAUUUAGAAAUUAAAUAAAUCAAUUAUUUUGCUAAACGUUAAAAAAAAAAACUGGAGUACGGUUUUCAGGGGCGGUUCUAGGACUCAAAUUUCAUACGGGCAAUUUCUUUAUUCUUUAUACAAAAUGUAGUUAAACAUAUAAUGUUAUAAUAAAUUAUAGGUAAUAUAAACUAUAUUUUUAUAAUUCAUACAUUCUGGUACGGGCAGCUGCCCACCCUGCCCGUACGCUAGAACCGCCACUGACGGUUUUACAGUUUAACUCAAAAACUAACGAUUACACUGUAAAUUAGAUUUCACCAUGAGAUAGUUAAUUUAUUUCACUUGGUGGUGAUUGUGAUGUCACGCACUGCCAGUCUCCAUUUUAGAUUUAUGUAUUAUGUAUAUAUUAUACGGUUUGACUUAUAUAUUGUACAAUUUAUAAAAUGUCUCAUACCAUCAGAUUAUAUUCAUUAUAAAAUGUAACAUACAAUAAAUAAAAUCUAUGAACUCUCA